AUGCCUCCCAAAGCUAGCGCUCGUCGCGGGGCACCCCGACAAAGCGGCGAAUCCGCUCCUACCCCGACAAAUACAGCAGGCGCAACAUCUACCUCCACAAAUGCCCCCGAGGCAGGUACACCAGCAGCCAGCGCAACGCCUGGUCCGCCUGGUCGUCCUGUGCAGCGCCUACAAUCACUGAAGAGUCGCAAGCCUUCCGGAAGCAUUCCUCCAGCGAAUCGGCCCCCGUCUACCCUCGGCGGCGAACAGGCAAAACCUGUGAUGAAAUACAAGCCCAAGGCUGUCGGGCGUCGCAGUAAGGAAGAGCGUGAGGCUAUUGAGAAGCGUGAACAGGAACGGCUGAACGAGCGUCUGCGCGAGGCGGCGGCUAUCCAGCGUGGUCGUGGGAAUCGUGGUGGUCGCGGUGCGUUCCGUGGAAGGGGUGGACCGAUGGGGAUGGGUGCGAAUGGACCCUUUGGGUCUGCCUUUGGCGGUGCGCGAAGGGGUCGUGGUGGUGCUGGAGGUCGCGGCGGCGGUGGUUAUGGUGGUGGUGGUGGUGGUGGUGGUUCUCGCAGUCGGUUCCGGUCUGGAAUUAGUGGUGGGAGUCAUGGGGUGGAUUAUGACUCGGAUGAGGACGAUUACGAGGGUCUGCGGGUUAGCAUUGACCGGAUUGGUCUUGAGAGUGACGAGGACGAGGAAGACGAUACACGGCAGAUCAAGGGCAAGAUGCCUAUUCGCUCGCGUGAUGGCUUGCGACCUGUUCGUGUUACUCGUCUUCAGCAUGAGGAGCGGGUAAUCAGUGUGAACAUGGAGUCGAGCACUGCCCGGACGGAUGAGAUUCGUCAGAAGGCUGAAGAGGCUAAGGUUGCAGAGGAAAAGGCCAAGGCUGCUACUACCCAGGCGCCGGUCGAAGAGCCUCGUGUGAAGGCUGAACCUGCCGACGAAGAGGAUACUCCUAUGGCUGAUGUGCCUCACGAUGACGAUGGCUUCCUCCCUACGCAAAAGGUCCGUGUUCGACGGAAGGUCUCCAGCCCUCGAGAUGUUGCUACACCCGAACCGGUACAGCCCGAACCUGAACCCGAACCGGUUGAGGCAUUGCAACCCGUGGCAGUUACCCGAGAUCCGCGGGAGCUCCUCCGCACCAGAGAAGAGAUUGACGAAUACGAUCGUCACCUGGAAGAUCUGAACCACGUCCGCAAUCUUCUAUACUACGAAACAGUCGAGAAGACCACCGAGACAUCACCCACGGAAGCCGAACCCUCCACCGCCGACGGCGAAUCCGCACCACCAGAACCUACCACAGAAACGCAAGACGAAAAUGACGAGGAAGACGAAGACCAAAAAUUCACCAACCAAGCACUCCUGGGCCAACUCUUCCUCAUGCAAUUUCCCCCAAUGACACCCAACCUCACCAUCCCCGACGCCUCAACCUCUCAACCCCCACCCAGCACGGGCACCACCGAACCCCAACCCACACGCCAACCCGAACCCCAAGUCAAACCCGAAGACGCCGAAGUCCAAGUCAUCGACGAAACCGCCACCGAAACACCAAAAGUCAUCACGGCCGCUACAGACUGGGCCCUCCCCGCAGGUCGCGUGGGUAAAUUGAACGUACACAAAUCCGGCCGUGUCACGCUUGAUUGGGGCGGUAUCAGCUUUGAUCUUGAUCGCGCGACGACGGUGGACUUUGUGCAGGAGGCGCUGAUUGUGUCGAGUCCACCUGAGGAAGAAGAUGGGGCGCCGCCGAGGGAUGAUAGUGAGAAUCGGGUUUGGUCGAUGGGUGAGCUUUGUGGGAAGUUUACUGUGAUGCCGAACUGGGAUGAGAUGCUGUGA